AUGGCCAAGAAAGCUAAAGCAAGGACUAUCAUCGUUAAGUUGUUGUCGACAGCCGGCACCGGUUUCUUCUACACUACACGCCGUCCAAGAACCACCGCCAAAUUGUCCUUCAUGAAGUUCGAUCCUCGCGCCAACCAAACCGUUCUCUUCAACGAGGCCAAGAUCAACCGUCCCAACUGA